GCUUAUGUGGAGUGGUUCACGCCAUUCAGGCAACCCGAAGCAAACCAUGGUUUGUACAAAAUUUCCUGCGUCAUUCGUAAUGGAGAGCGUCUUGCAAGCAUCAUCGAUAUCUCUGAUAUUCGCAGGAGUGUACACCUUAUUCCAAAAUUCGGUCCAGUCGUACCUUGA